CUAUCAAUUUCUCUUCUUUUUGGUGCUACAGAGUUCGGAUUUGCUCCUUGUGCCUCCUGGAAAGGUUUUGGGUGGUGAGGUGGCUCCCGGUUCUUGCUUAAAGUUUUGUUUGUUCACUUGAUAUGGAGAAUUGUAGUGAUUUCCUACCAUGGCUUGGACCAGAUGUGUCUAUAAAGAUUCUCUUGAAUUUAGAUGACCCAGUUGAUCUCGUCCGUGCUAGUGCUGUCUCCCGUGCUUGGCAUGAAUUCGUUAUUGCAAAUGGUUUCUGCAAGAACCUGUGCUUAAGGAUGUUUCCAGUUAUAUCCAUGGUUGCAAACGUUAUUGAAUUAAACAAUAUGACAAAGCCUUUCGAAGUGGGAUCAAACAGUUCUUUGGAAUGGGGAAGUCUGAAGAGGGAUCAUCGAGUUUAUGCUCUUUUAGCUCACAGCUUCACUUCUUUUAGGAAAAAAGAUUGCAUUGUAGAGGCCAUUAGUGCAUCCAGUACUGAUAAUUAUCCUGAAGAAAGUAUUGACAACACCUUGGAACCCAAUGACCGCAUUGAGCAGGGGGUGGCUUCAUACUGGUCAAGCAAAGGAGAAAGCAAUCCUGCAGUGCCUGAGACAUUAACUUAUAGAUUGGUGUCUGGGCUGUGUGUUUUAAAUGAAAUCAGCAUACAGCCAUUCCAAGCAUUUUUUCAGUCUGGUUACCCCAUAUAUUCGGCCAAGGCUGUGCAAUUUCGAACGGGCUAUCUCAAGGAACCACUGGAAGCAGGGAGUGAUCACAUGGAUGAGCCUUCAGCCAGUCGCAGAUACGUUAAAGACAACUUCAUAUCAACAUAUGUUUCGCCAGAGUUCCCUAUGGCUCAGGAAAAUAGUUUGCAGAAGUUCAAGCUACCAGAGCCUGUACUUUGUAUUGGUGGUAUUCUGCAGGUUGAGCUAUUGGGUAGGAUCCAGAGACAAGAAAUGGAUGGCUUAUUCUAUAUAUGUGUGUCCCAUGUUAACGUUGUUGGUCGCCCACUCUCACCUACAUUCGAUGUUGAAAUCCUUGAUCAGCCUGGGAAGUCUGGAAAGUGCAUACUGAAGUAUGACCCCAAUGUUGAGUGUUGCAGGUCUCCUGCAAGAUCAUCUGAGGGUGAGUCCAGUGUGCCCUCUCGCUUGCGUGUCUUUAGGUUAAUGCAAAGAGGUGUGAGAGGUUGGGAGCAAAUGAUUAUCAAUACGUUGCUGGGUAAUGUUGCUGUUGAUGGAGAUUAUGAAUCAGAUGAAGAGCUGGUUGCAUAGACCCGUUAUAUUUAUCAGUUAUUGCCA